AGUCAAUUCGUUUUUAGUACUUACUGACCUUCGUUGCAGAUGGUUGACAUAAGUGAGGAGCCUAUGGGAACACAAAAUGAAAGUAAAGAAGCUUUAAAGGAAACAAUUGACUCAAUAAAACAGCAGUUAGAAAAGAAUCCUUUCGAUUACAAUGCGCACGUUCAGCUAAUUGAAUUCUUACGGAAAACGGAAGAUUAUGAGCAAGCCAAAGCAGCAAGGGAACGUAUGCAUGACAUAUACCCACUCUCCGCAGCUCUUUGGUUACAAUGGAUUGAAGAUGAGCUACGUAUUGCUGCUACACGUGAAGAAAAGCGUCAAGUUGAAGUUCUUUUCAAAAAAGCGAUUGAUGAUUACGAAGAUGUCAAUAUUUGGUUAGAAUAUUGCCACUUUGUCAUUUCUAAUUUUGACUUCACUUCUCUAAAUGGUAUACGUGAUGCAGAAGUUAUCUUUGAGUCAGCUUUGUCGCAUCAAGGACUUAAUACUGCUGCAGGUUCAAUGCUAUGGGAAAUUUAUCGUGAAUUCCUUACAGUUAUUUGGUCUCAAUUGUCAGACAAACAGGAGUUAAAAUCAGAACAAGUGAAAAAAAUGGAUCGUCUUUUCCGUCGUCAACUUGCUGUCCCUCUUUUAAAUAUGGAACAAACCCUACUUGAGUAUCAGGCUUUUCUAUCUGAAAUUGGUGUGGAUCUAUAUCAACCAAGAGAAAAUUCAGAUUCUUUCCUACCAGAAGAAGUGAAAUUAGAGUAUGAAAAAGCUCUAGAGGAUUUAAGUAUUCUAUUACCAUAUGAAGAAGCAUUAGAGGAAGCGGCUGAACUCUCCGACACCGAAUCUAUUGCCAGCUGGAAUAUGUAUCUUGAUUGGGCAGUACAUUGUGCAAAACGUAAAAAGCCUAAAAUGUCUACAAAAUCCUCUGAAGAUGCUGUUAAUAACAAUGAGAAGAAUGCUUCAGCAAAUUUUAUCAUUUCACCAAAUACUGUAUGCUGUCUCUUUGAACGUGCUAUUACAGCACAUUGUUUGGACACGUCUAUAUGGAUACGUUAUGCAGAUUAUGUGGCGUCACAAUUAGAAAAUGAUGUUCAACGUUUACAAAAGCUAUUGGCUCGAUCAGUACGUAAUUGUCCUUGGUGUGUUGAUCUAUGGCAACGAUAUGCAUUAGUAACUGAAGCUGUAAUCCUUGACAGGAUUUCAUUGAAAGGCAACACCAAUGGAUCAGAACACGAAUCUAUUUCACAAGAGUCUAAUAUCUUUAAAGAGGUUGAUGGUAUCUAUGAAACAGCUUUAAGCGCUGGUUUUACAGAUCCGAAUGAUGUGCUUAAAAUUUGGCGUAGUUAUUGUGAUCAUCAUGUACGCAGGCUUUGUUCAUUGGAAAAGAAUUCUUUAUCUAGAGAGCAUCGAUUAGCAUUGCUUCGUGCAACAUUCGGUCGAGCUAUUGAAUACUGUUUUGAAUUGCUUCAUUCUCAACCGAAUACUGAUUGGUCACUACUCAGCUAUUAUGCUUUCGUUGAGGCAAAACAUGCUGAGGAUAUGGAACGAGCUCGUUCUCUUUGGACAAGCUUAAUGAAAUUGCCAGGUCAUGGAACAAGAGCAGAAUUCUGGAUAGCUUAUAUUCAAUUUGAACAAAAUUGGGGUGAUGCAAAACACCUAGUUCGUGUAUGCGGUAUGGCAAUCAAUUCAGUGAAUAUAGACCAUUCAGAAUUGUUAUUUCAAAUUGUAUUACGUGCAGUCGGUGAAAUUGGAUUACCUGUUAAACAGUAUAAAGAUAUGACUGUGAAAAUCAAUUCACGUCGAGCACUACUCAAAGAUUCAAUGAAGGAUGUUCAGUCGAAAAAGUCAAAUAUGGAGAUUGUCGAGACGACACCGGAGAAAAAUUUGUCUCAUGCAAAGAAAAGAAAACUACCACAACAACAAAAUGAUUCUGGUCAAUCAACACCUGCAAAAAUGUCAAAAACUGAUUCACAACACUUGCCACAUGGUGAAUUUGUUCCACACGAUCCAGCGAAAAAUGACUUGACUGUAUUUGUUAGUAAUCUGGAUUAUUCAACGACUGAAGAUCAAUUACGAAAGACAUUUGAAAGGUGUGGUGAAUUAACCUCUGUUCGCCUUGUUCGUGAUUAUGCUGGUCGAUCUAAAGGAUUUGCUUAUAUUGAAUUCAAAGAUAAAGAUUCGGUAACCGCCGCGCUCGCAUUAGAUAGACAACCAGUUGAAAGUGAUGAAUGCUUUGAGAAUAAUGCUUCAUCAAAUCUUGACAAUAAUUUACAAGAUGAAAAAGAUCAAGGAACAACAACGACGACGACGACAACGGUGGCAGAAUCUUCAAAAUCAUCGACACCCUUUAAACGACCAAUGUUUGUAUCGAUCUGUGAUCCAAGUAAAGUAAAAGCCUCUGGAUUCAAGUAUACAGUUGGUAAAAAAGAACCAGAAAAAUUGUUUGUACGAAAUUUAGAUAAAAAUGUAAAAACUGAAGAUUUAGUGAGAUUAUUUAGACCGUAUGGACUUGUAAGUAUUCGUCUAGCCACCUAUCGAAAUGGUGUGCCUAAAGGUCAUGCGUAUAUUGAAUUUAAAAGUGCUGAUGAUGCCAGUCGAGCGUUGAUUGCUACCGAUGGUUUACAGUUUGGUAGUAAAGUGCUGUCAGUAGCUAUUAGUGAACCACCUGUCCGCCAGGAUGCAUCUCAAAGCUUUAAACCGCCUACAAUGAAAAGCAAUGAAACAUUUAAAACACCGCAAUCAGAUUUUACUGGUGGAUCUUCCGCGUAGGUUUCAACCUUUUUCUAAAAAAAUAGUGUUUGUUAUGAUGUUUUGGUUUUUCCUAAAAUGGGAUUCAAUUAUGUGGAAAAAAACACCCGUUGUUUUGUAAACCAAGUAGGGAAGUGUAGACAGUCUGGAUUAGUUGAGGUCUCCGAGACACUAAGAACCAAUUAUUAUUAUUAUUGUUCCCUUGGGUUCCUAGUGGAACAUAGGGCUUCAACUACACGUCUCCACUAGUUUCUGUCUUCUGCUGUACUUUUCACCAG